AUGUAUUUCCACUCUGCAAGUUCAAGGCGAGAACAAUAUCAUGCUAUCCGUUCGAAACGAAAUCGACCAAAGACGCCAUCGCACGCACCAAAUACAUCCGGCGUAGACAGUGGAUAUGGUUCAGCAUCUUCAUCCCCUACAUCGGCUAUCUCUCACUCUUUUCACACAUCUGCAGCCCAACCCGAUUCCAUAGACACGGGCAAAGAAGCAUCGUCCGACGGCGCUGGUUACGUUGGUUGUACUACGGAAAUCAAUGUUAGCAAAGCAGUCAAAGCCGAACGUAAAAAGAAGCGUCAGCCUCCUCGACAGCAUGAUCUUGUAUAUAGUUGUCCUCGACCAUUGGCCUUUCCCUUUCAUAACGAUUGUCAUUUUUUACCCGUUGCCGAAGCAGAUCCUCGGGAUGUCGCACGAGUGGCGCCCAAGAAGCCAAUUUCACCCUCCAUGACCUCGAGCAAAACAUCCACCAAAACAUCCUUCCGCGAUUUUCGAACAGGAUCUGCAUCACUGCGAUCACGAUCGUCGACUACGUCGCAGUACACAAAGUCGGACGUUGACGCAGAUUCAGCAAUCAGUCAUCGAACCUCGAUUUUAAGCUCUGUGCAACAAGGAACAGUGCGCUCGCUACGGUCGCUGUUUCAAGUCUCGUCGAAAUCCGAGAGUACAGCACCUUCCGAACGGCUGCCCCGGUUAGAAGUCAAGAAAGGCACCGUAGAAUCUUUGAGAAAGAUAUUUAGCAAGCGCCAAUCCAAGGAUCUGUCGUCGACGGCGCAUUCAGAAAUUUCCGCACAAAGCUCGGAAGCUGCAAUAAUAACGCCACGGGAUAAUGGUGAUGAUAAUGAGCCCAUCAAGGCUGACAAAUCGGGAAGACGGUCUGCUUUUUCACCGUCAUCCUUGUCAGCCAAGUUCAAAGCACUGCCGUCGAAAUUAUCAUCUUCUGUUUCAUCCUCGCGAAAACACCCGCCAAAGGCUUCACCAUCGGCCAGCAAUGAACAUCCCAAUCCAUCGAUACCUUCCAAACCAUCUAUCCUCGGGUCAUCCUUCUUUGGCGUAAGUAUAUUACGUAAGAAAGCAGCCAAAGACAACAACCCUGCCAGUGUAACUCCCUCGUCGUCUAUCGAAGAAAUACUCGAUAACCUUAUGCCAAGACCCCCCAUGACUCCGCCACAAUCUUCAGCCGCCUCGAAAAUCGAUCUGUCAUCCAGCCUGAAAAACCUUUCCUCCCGAUUGUUCGCCACUUCCUCUCACAAAUCUUUGACCGAUAACCAACAUGAUAGUUCCUCACCUCAGCCGCGUCAUGGAUUCGGAUUUCCUUCGCCACGCCGUUCAAAAUCCACCACACACGAUGAUUUGAAAAAGCAAACACAUUCCACGGAACCUACACUGACACCCACCAGCGCGCCUACAAGGAUCGGCCGUUUCUGGAAGACUUUUAAGAACAUGAUCACUGGACACAAGUCUUCUCGCGUGGGUAUUCUGUAA